GGGCCAACUAUCAUCCCACCGUUUACACAUUACACAACUUUACCAUUUCCCUCUACUCUGUGUUAUAUUUUGUCCUCUUAUUCUCAUCUGAUCUCACGCACCCACACCAUUCUACACUCCCCUCUCUCACUCACUCACACUCUCUUCUGUCAUAGCUGUACCACGUUUUUCUUCUCCAUCUCAGCCUCUGUCCCAACACCAUUCUCAUGGCUGCUCUAGCUCUAGCACUGCUUCUUCUGGCUUUCACUGGCACUUCAAGUGCUACAUGGUGCGUUUGCAAGGAUGGAAGCGACGCGAUCCUGCAGAAAACCUUGGACUAUGCUUGUGGAGCUGGUGCUGACUGUAAUCCUCUCCACCAAAACGGGCCUUGUUUCCAGCCCAACACCGUUAGGGCCCACUGUAACUACGCCGUGAACAGCUACUUCCAAAGGAAGGGUCAAGCUCAAGGGUCCUGCGACUUUGCGGGAACAGCCAUUGUUACUGCAUCUGACCCCAGCUCUGGCGGUACUUGUGUCUACCCUUCUAGUGUCAGCGCUGCAGGCACUGGUACAACUCCAGUGACUACCACACCAACCAUGGGCACCACUCCUACAACUGGAACUCCAUCAACAAGCACCGGCACGGGCACCGGCACCGGCACAGGCACCACUCCAUACAGCACAACACCUGGAGUAUUAGGAGGCAUUGGCAGUGGCAUGGGACCUUCAGGAUCCGGCAUGAAUGACGAAAGUCACGGUGGCAUUGGACUUGUACACAGCAGUAGUUUCUUCUCGAUGGCGCUCUUCUCUGCCUUCAUGAUGAUGCUCUGCUGGGGUUGAGAAUGAAAAUAAAUGGGGCUUGGCCUGGGUAUAUGGUGCAAAAUGCCGUAUGUCACUGUAUUAAUGUGAAUGUUAUUUUCUAGGUGCUGAACUUGGGACGUUAGUUUUUGGGGUUCUUAUAAUCUUUUUCUCCACCUUCCACUAGCUAUUGGGUUUUUGAUUAAUUAAUUGGAAUUCGGUUACAAUUUGGCUCCAACUUGUUCUUAAUCUUAAGCUCCUACUCUGUACAAAGAAGUGCAUAACGCUGUCAAUUAGAUGGAUGGACCUGGUGACACCAAUGCUAUGUAUUUUUCAACAUAAUUUUGGUA